UCGAAUAUCAAAAUUGAGAAAUAUAUACACAACCCGAGAGCAGCGCUGCCGACGUCGCUGCUUUACUCGUUUUUUCCAUUCACUUGUUCCACUUUUUUUUUAACGUACGCAGCACCCCCGAAAAUAUGCUAAAAUCCGAGGUGCAACACCAAUUUUGGAUCACCAAGAAGGCGGUCCAGCGCAAGCUGGGCUCCAAGGAAGACAAGCACAUAAUCUCCUCGGACGCGGAGCUGGACGCUAAGAUUGAGGUGUUCAAAUCAAUAUCGGACACCAGCCUGGAGCUCUGCAAGAUAAUCGACCAGUACCAGGAGCGCCUGUGCAUCUUGUCGCAGGAGGAGUGUGUCUUUGGGCGCUUCCUCAAGGAGGCGGGCAAGCGAAGCAAGACGACGGGCAACAGCAUCAACCACACAGCGAAGGCCAUGUCCUUUGCAGGACAGCAGCGGAUGUGUGUGCGGGUGCCAUUGCUGCGACUGCAGCACGAGGUGGACGUGUUUCGCUGUCGCGCCGUCAAGGACACGGAGGUCACGCUGCAGAACAUGGAGAAAGAGCGAACGGAGUACAGAGCUGCCCUGUGCUGGAUGAAGUCGGCUAGCCAGGAGCUGGACCCCGACACGGGCAAGGGCCUGGACAAGUUUCGCACUGCCCAGGCUCAUGUGCGCGUGGCCAAACAUAAUUUCGAUGGCUACUCCUUGGACUCCAUCCAAAAGAUUGAUUUGCUGGCCGCCGCCCGCUGCAAUAUGUAUUCGCAUGCUUUGGUCGCCUACGUGGCGGAGCUGAAGAGUUUCGCCCAGAAGGCGGCCUCCACAUUCCAGACGAUAUCCAAUGCACUAAUUGCCAAGCCCAAGUACGACUUUUGUGUUCUGAAGGAAUUGUCCCAAAAUGAGGGCCCCAGCGAGGAUGUGCCACCAAUUGAAGCCGUGGAUAAGGAUCAGUCGCUGUUCUUUGCUAGUGAAUAUCAGGACAAGCCAGACUCGGAGUUGAAGCCGCCCAGUGGAAAGAAGUCCCAGGCGGAACCAGCCCCCGUCUGCGGUGACAAUGAGUCCCUGCUCAUAGAACUUGCCAAGCAGCUCGAGAAGGAGGACAGUCCGCUGAUCGAUGCUCCCGUGCAGGAGCAGGAAUCCCCCCUGAUGGGCGAUGCCAAUCAAACCAGCAGCACCAAUAGCAAGUUCUGGGCACGCAUGUUCAAUCCGCAGCUGCAGCAGCAACAGCAGAAGCCCAUGCCUACCACUACCACCACCACAGCCGCUAAGCCAGCCGCCUGUGGGCCAGCGCCGGCGACGGCGUCGGCAGCUGCUAGCAAAUCGCAGUCGACCAACAAUCCGUGGCUUGACCUCUUCGCCGAUCUGGAUCCCCUGGCCAAUCCGCAGGCGUUUGAUCUGAAAAUGAGUGGGGGACGCAGCGUAGCAGAGCAGACAUAAGAUCGGUUUCCGGCCCAAUCCAGUCGGCAAAUACGUAUAGUAGGAGUACAUAUAUCUUUGCAUACACCUGUGGGAAAUAGCUAGUCAAAUGGAGGAGAAUCUUUGGAUGUAACUUUUCGCUAA